AUGGAGCCCCUCUCCUUCCAGGAAUACAUCUGCUCCCUGGACCCCGCCACCCUGCCCCGCAUCCUCAGGAUUUGCUCCGGUGUCUACUUCCAAGGAUCUGUGUACGAGAUCUCAGGCAACGAAUGCUGCUUGUCGACGGGUGACCUGCUGAAAGUCAUGGCCGUGGCACUGGAGAAGGUCAUUUGUGAGGACACAGAGACGGGGCAGACAACGGAGCUGCCACCAACAUUUAAGGGUCUUUUCAAGCCUGCCUCAGCCCCGGGACCAUACUCGACACCACGGGGACCAUUCCUGGAGGGCAGCAAGCAGCGGGGCCUGACGCUGCACCAGGCGGUGGGGCGGUCGAGCGGGCAGCCACGGCCCAUGCUGUGUCCCACCAUCGGCCCCUGUGCCCUGCUCCUGCACCCUGUCUAUGAGGUGCAUGCCACCAUGCACUUGCGUCGGGACAUGGUGAAGAUCCCCUCCACGCUGGAAGUGGACGUGGAGGAUGUCACAGAGGAGGCGCAGCACGUCCAAUUCGCCCGACCGCUGCUGCUGAGCGAGGUGCUGGGGAUGGAGGAGGCGCUGCCGACCCGGGCUGAGAUCCUGGAGGGUCCAGCCGGCCCUGCCAUCUUCGAGAACACCUGGGUGCCACGGCUGCAGCGGGGGCAGUGGCUGCAGCUCCAUGGCCGCUCCCACGCCUGGCGAGUCCUGGCCUCGGCCCCCAGCAGCGGCCGCCAUUUCCUCCUCUCCAGCGCCUACCAGGGCCGGUUCCGCCGGCGGCCCCGGCAGUUCACAGGGGUGCAGGAGCUGGCGGCUGGCCUGCGGCCCAGACAGCAGCUGCGCGUGGUGGUGACGCAGGACUGCGAGGGCCGGGGGGAUGACGUGCCCCCGCUCGGUGUGGGCGACCGGCUGGAGGUCCGGGGGCUGCAGGGGAACGGCCCCGGCACCUGGCUGCUCCGCCACCGUCAUGGUGAGGAGGAGGAGGAGGAAGGCGAGGAGCUGCUGCUGCCGCUGGACCUGGGGGGCGGCUUUGUGGAGGAGGCGUGUGCCAGCAAGAAGUACAAGCUGGUGGAGCUGCUGGAGCAGCAGCCGCUGCCCUGCGAGGUCCGGGUGGUGGCCCCCGACCCGGAGCUGGAGCGGGAUGCCCUGGGUCCCCUGCCCGCCCUGCGGCUGGAGGCCCGCCUGGACCAGCCCUUCCUGGUGGGCAGCUUCUGCGAGGAGCCGGAGGAGGGCUUCGAGCUCCCGCCGCAGUGGCUGGGCCUUUCCCCCCUGCCCUGCACGGAGAGCGACAGCUCUGAACACGAUUACGAAACUGUUGAUGACAACAUGAAAAAGACAAUUCGCAAAAUGCAGGCAAUUUUUCCUUUCUAG